AUGGAUAUCGGCGAAUUACUGUCGUACAAACCACCGAACACACCAAAGAGGCCAGCAGCAGGGGAAGAGGAUGACGAUGAUGAAUGGGAGAAUGUUAAGAAACCGAAGAAGGUAAUUAAAACACCAUACCAUGCCAGAUACAGGCAGCCAAGGGAAGUUGAAACGACUCCAAUUAGGAGUAGUGAGCCCGCUACACCCAUCAGAGCUGCUUUACCUUCACCAGCAAACGAUGUGAUCGAACCACAAUUGACCGAGAAGGAGAAGCAAGAUAUUCUAAAGUAUGUAGAGACCGAAGCUCCUGAAGUGGAGGCAUUAGACGAAGCCACACUCAAAAGGAUGGUCCUCUUGUUUGAAAAGAGAGCACUCAGGAAUCAAGAAAUGAGGGUCAAAUUUCCAGAUCAACCAGAGAAAUUCAUGGAAUCGGAAGUAGAAUUGCAUGAGACUUUGCAAGAGCUUCACGUCGUCGCCACUAAUCCAGAUUUGUAUCCACUGAUGGUGGAUCUAGGUGCUGUACCCUCUUUACUCGAAUUGCUGUCUCACGAGAAUACAGACAUAGCAGUUGGAGUAGUAGAUCUUUUACAGGAGCUAACAGACGUAGAUAUUUUGCAUGAGAGCCAAGAGGGUGCAGACACAUUGAUCGAUGCUUUGUUGGAGCAGCAAGUUUGUGCUCUGCUCGUGCAAAACUUAGAAAGGCUGGAUGAAUUGGUGAAAGAGGAGAGCGAUGGAGUUUACAAUACCUUAGCUAUCUUUGAAAAUCUUUUGGAGUUCAGACCAGAACUGUGUUCGGACGCCGGGAAGCAAGGACUGAUGCAAUGGCUGUUAAGGAGAAUCAAAACGAAAACUCCAUUUGAUGCUAACAAACUUUACGCCAGCGAACUUCUAUCCAUCCUUUUGCAAAAUACACCAGAGAACAGGUUACUCCUUGGUGAACUUGAUGGAAUCGAUGUACUACUGCAACAGUUAGCAUAUUAUAAAAGACACGAUCCUCAAACAGCCGAGGAGCAAGAAAUGAUGGAAAAUUUGUUUAAUGUGUUAUGUUCGAGUUUAAUGGCAACUGUAAACAGAGACAGGUUUUUAAGAGGAGAGGGCCUCCAGCUCAUGAAUCUAAUGUUGCGCGAAAAGAAGAUGUCUAGAAAUGGUUCUCUUAAGGUAUUGGAUCAUGCAAUGAAUGGUCCCGAUGGAAGAGACAAUUGUAGUAAAUUCGUUGAUAUUCUCGGACUAAGAACGAUAUUCCCCUUGUUCAUGAAAACACCAACAAAAAAUCGAAAGAGAAUGCUCACUGCGGAAGAGCAUGAAGAACAUGUGGUAUCGAUUAUAGCAAGUAUGUUGAGAAAUUGUAAGGGUCAGCAACGUCAAAGGUUACUCAGUAAAUUUACAGAAAAUGAUUACGAGAAGGUAGAUCGAUUGAUGGAACUGCACUUUAAAUAUCUUGAGAAAGUGGAGGAAGUUGAGAAGAAUACAAAGGACGACGAGGACGAAGAAGAAUCGUACCUGAGAAGAUUAGACGGUGGCCUAUUCAUUUUGCAAUUAGUAGAUUACGUACUCUUAGAAGCGUGCACUGGGUGUCCGCCAGCUGUGAAACAACGAGUAACUCGGAUCUUAGCUCAAAGAAGAGCAUCUCUCAAAACUAUCAGACACAUCAUGCGAGAGUAUGCGGGAAAUCUCGGCGACGCUGGGGAUUCGGAAUGGAGAGAAGCGGAGCAGCAACACAUACUGCAGUUAAUUGACAAAUUUUGAUGCACACUUUACAAUGGAGAACUCAACGAUUCCAAGUUUUUUACAGUUUUCAAAUCUACUCCGAGAAAUAAUAAUUCCAAAUAUCGCGUGUAAACCGUGUCGCUUGAGGUAUUCAUUUUUUUAUGCAGUGAUUAAAAGGAACGUUUGUGAAAAAUUAAACGAGUGUCAUAUAUUUCGACGAACUUUUUACUAACUGAAUUUCGCGCAGUGGAUGGGAUUGCGCGCAGCUUCGUGUCGAGCCAAAUGAUCGAACAUACUAUAGUGUACGGUAGCGUGAAACAUUUAUUUAUACCCAAAAUUUCAAAUUUAUCUUCAAAUCCUCAAUCAGACGAGCCAUUCACCCAUUAAUGAAAUAUUUUGUAAAGAUAUAAUAGAUGUACUGUAGUAAAAUGGGUGAAAAUAAAGCAGUGAUCACAAGCCGUCA